UCUCACCACGCGUUAUGGACCAAAUAAGAGCUUACGGGCCUAUGGAAUGAUUCUUUUCCAUUUUCCAUAGACUAGUGGAAGUUCUUUUCACAUGAUUUCGAACUUUUCAACAUAUCCCAUCGAGAAAGUGUGAGUUGUGAGUCGGGUGUUAGACGAAGAAAAAAAAAGGGAGAAAGAAAAAGGGCAAUUCGACUUUAGCAAAUCAUCGCUGCCCGCUGCGGGCGUAAUGCAAGAUGUCUUUUCGGAAUAUUCCAGGCUUGCCGCCGCCCGAUGGCAUAGAGUCCAACUUCGUUAAUCCACCGAACCGCAAUGCCGAAGCGAUGGCCGGUAUCAUCAUAUGUAUUAUUUUAACGUCGUCGGCGGUAUUGAUCCGUGCAUAUUCGAGGAUCUUCUGUAUGAAGAUGGUCCGAAUACAAGAUAUCCUCGCGCUUUUGGCUUUUGGAACUUACUUAGCAUGCGUCUACAUUCUAUUCUGGUUUAAGAACCUCACGGGUUACUACGUUCAUCAAUGGGAUGUUCCAGCAGUGAACCUACCUACGUUUCUUCAUAUCAUCUACCUUGGAAUGGUGUUAUACGAACUUACGAUGUUGAACCUCAAGAUAUCGAUUUUGACUGAGUGGAUUCGGUUAUUUGUACCCCACGGGACGAAGAACGCCUUCUAUUGGACUUGCCUAGCCGUCUUAAUCGUCAACGUGAUGUACUAUAUGGCCUCGAUUUUCUCCGUCAGCUUCAGCUGCAACCCUCGCGCCCAGUUAUGUCAUAAGUCAUCGGUCGUCUUCAUCUGCAGUGGUGUCAUCAACCUCAUAUCGGACGUCAUCAUUUUGAUUCUCCCGAUCAAGACCAUUUGGAACUUGCAACUAUCUAAGAAGAAGAAGAUGAGUAUCUCGGUGGUCUUCGCUAUUGGAUUCUUCUGCUGUGUAGCCGCAGUAGUCCGUUUAGCUACUGCGAUAAAUGCUUACAUCUCCGAAGACAAGACAUACACCCUAUCGACCGUGGUUCUCUGGGUUUUUACCGAAGCAACAUGCGCGUUCCUCGUUUUCUGCAUCCCCACAGCACCGAAGGCCUUUAAGGGCAGCAAACUAGCGAAGCUAUUAUUCGGAAGUUCGGCGGAUGCAAGUCAGAGCAAGAACGUCUCUGGUGGACAAGGUUCCCGUACGUGGCAAAGGAAUGGCCGCAUGGAGCUCUCGCCCUCAGGGAAGGGUUAUAUAAAUAAAGGAGUGCAAUUACAAAGUCUACACUCGAUAAAAGGCGGGGCCUCGGAAUCGAGUGAACAGUUACAUGUGGCGGCGGGCGACAGAGUAUAAUAAUUUUACGAUUGACGAUGACCGGAGAAGCGCGCGAUAUCGAUCUAUAUAACGAAAACGUCAUUUUACUUAGCGAUAAUGAAUGAGGCAUUUGGCCUCCUAGAUGUAUAGGUAUUACAUGUACUAAUAACUACGUACACACAACCAAAAGAUAUCUUGGUCAUAGAAGGUAUCAUGGAGGGGUUCAACAAGAGGGUCAAGCA